AUGUUUAACAAGUGCUGGUGGAAGAUGGAAGCAGAGGAAUCCCUUAAACUGAUGUUAACCGACGAUCAGCACGUCUCUCUGAUGAAUGCUGUUCAAAAGGAUCCAGAGAAUCUCAGACAUUGGGCGCAGCGGCAACAAGACUGUGGGGGCGUUUGUCUACCGCACAGCUUGAGGAAUAUUUUACAGCUGGAUCUGAUCACGGACCUGCUGGGGACGCCGCCUCUGUCGGCCCUGGCGUCGGCCUGCGAGGGAGCCCGAGCCCACAUCCUGAGGGGGCCGCACAAACCGCCGUCGCUGUCGGUGCUCUACAUGCUGUCGGACGGCGCCACGCACGAGGCCGUGCACCUGCUCUGCCGCAUGCUGGUGUUCGACCCGGCCAAGCGGAUCUCCGGCAGCGACGCGCUGUCCCACCCGUACCUGGACGAGGGCCGGCUGCGCUACCACACCUGCAUGUGCCAGUGCUGCUACUCCGUUCCCAGCGGGCGCGUCUACACCCGCGACUUCGAGCCGGUGGCCGAGCGGCCGUUCAGCCACAGCUACGAGAACAGCCUGCUGUCCGUGUGGCAGGGCAAAGAGCUGAUCCACCGCUUCAUCACGGAGCACCAGCAGGGCAAGCGGGUGCCGCUGUGCAUCAACCCUCAGAGCGCCGCCUUCAAGACCUUCAUCAGGUCCACGGCGUGGCACUCGUCCAAGGUGUCCAGGAAGGAGGAGAGAUGAAGAGUCGUCCUCUUCAUCCCGGGGACCGACAGCAGUUCUGAGGAGGGAUUCCAUCGGCCGAGAUCACAGAAACACCCAAGAGUCCGGGUCUGGUUUUUGUUCUUCCCUUCGUGUCCGGAGGGGAGGGGGAACGCCACACCCGGCCAGAGACUCGUCAACAUCCUCAAACGUUUUGUCCUGCGAAAAACUCCCCGACGACCCAAAAACCUGACGCUGCCGGCGUUCCCGGCGCUGCCGGUCCUCCGGGAGGAAAACGACUGAACCCGGUACUGGACUGGAGUUAGAGACUCGGAGGAAUUCUGGUUGUAACCGUUUGGUAGUUUUGAUGCUUUAGUUCCGUUUUGAAGUCAUUCCAGCCCCGUGCAAUACAGAGACGCGAGAAGCAGCUGGAAUGAAACUCUCCAUCAUGUGACGUCACGGCUCAUUCCAACGUGACGUCGUUCCCGCCGUCACUCAAACACCGCCAGCUCUCUCUCUCUCUCUUUGUUUAUUUUUUUCUGGUUCUCCUUUUCUUUUAUGCACUUGAACGCAUCACUCACUGUGUUUGUGCCGCGCGGCGACGGCGCAGCCGGACAAAUGUAGCAGGUCGACCCGGAUCAGCAAAACAAGGAACUCCAAACCACAACCCGCCCAAGUUUUUACACUGUCUCUGGAAAACCACGUCAGGAAAGUCACAAUCCGUGUUUUGAGUUGUCCGAGUCGUCUACUGAUGGGGGGAAAAAAAACAUAAAAAACGCCAAAACGACUGAUGUUUGGCAGCUUCUUCUUCUUCUUCUUCACGCAGAAUUCCCGCUCUGGUUUUCCUGCUCCGUCACCCGGGAGACCCGGGAGUUUGUUUUUCUCUUUUUGAACUGGCGUCUCGCUCUUCUCUUAAUGUGCAUCCGUGGUAGUCCCGACUCCCGACUACCUCAGACUUGUGAAGAAUAACCAGAACCCUGACCCGGCGAGACGGCGGCGGUGUGGGCGAGACGGCGCCAGGACGUGUUUGUCUCCGCCGCAGCGCUCACGUCAUUCCUCCCAACUCCUUUUACCUCCCGCGCUCGGCCCGAGGCCCCCCGGCCCUCGGAGGAGGUUGUGGGUGAAAAUGCUGCUGUGUGUUUUAGUUUAAGGCUCAGGUGUCUCUUGUAGACGUUGGACUCUACAGAACCACGUAAACGCGCACCGGUCUGGAUCCUGGAUCCUGGUUCCGGCGAUCGGAGACCCUUCUGGGCCCAGUUUUUACAAAAAAAAAGGUGCUUUUCCACCGAAAUCUCCAGAACUGUUCUGGUAUCUGGCGUCCCGGACCUGAAGGUUCCUCCAGACCCGAGUCACGGCUUUUCUUACAGACUCGGACCGGUCCCGCAGCUCUUCAUACACUGCAAAAACUCAAAAUCUUACCAGGAAUAUCUGUCUUAUUUCUAGUUAAAAUGUUUAAUUUUUAGUCAAAAAAUCUCAUUACACUUAAAACAAGACUCAUUAUCAGAAAUAUAACUUGUUAUUUGACAAUUUUCACCUGU